AGGGGACGGACGGAUGGAAGGAGUGACGUCACGGCCCGCCAUGGCCGCCCGCAGAGCGCUGCACUUCGUCUUCAAAGUGGGCGACCGGCCCCGCACCGCGCGGUUCUACCGGGAGCUGCUGGGCAUGAGCGUGCUGAGGCACGAGGAGUUCGAGGAGGGCUGCAAGGCCACCUGCAACGGCCCUUAUGAUGGAAAAUGGAGCAAAACCAUGGUGGGCUAUGGGCCAGAGGACAAUCACUUUGUGGCAGAAUUGACUUACAAUUAUGGCAUUGGAGAAUAUCGCCUGGGCAAUGACUUUCUGGGCAUCACACUGGUGUCCAGCCAGGCUGUGAGCAAUGCCAAGAAGAUGGGAUGGCCCCUCAAAGAAGUCACAACUGGUGUCUUUGAAACUGAAGCUCCAGGAGGAUACAAGUUCUACUUGGAGGACAAGGAGAAGCUCAAGCAAGAUCCCGUGCUGAAGGUAACCCUGGGUGUCUCAAAUCUGCAGAAGUCUAUUAACUACUGGUCUGGUUUGCUUGGGAUGAAAAUAUACGAGAAGGAUGAGGAGAAGCAAAGGGCUUUGCUGGGCUACGCGGAUAACCAGUGUAAGCUGGAGCUGAAGGCUGUUGGAGGAGCAGUGGAUCACGGGACAGCGUUUGGACGGAUCGCCUUCUCCUGUGCCAGGGAAGAGUUGCCAAGCAUUGAAGCACUGAUGAAAAAGGAGAAUCAGAAAAUUUUGACACCCCUGGUGAGCUUGGACACGCCUGGCAAAGCCACAGUGCAAGUGAUUAUUUUGGCUGAUCCUGAUGGCCAUGAAAUCUGUUUUGUGGGAGAUGAAGCCUUUAGAGACCUGUCCAAGGUGGACCCUAACGGUGACAAGCUGUUGGAUGAUGCCAUGGCUGCAGACAACAGUGACAAGUGGUUUGCUGCACGUAACAUGAAGAAGGUUUCUGCUUAGCUGGAGGAAAGGACUGGGCUGCUCCUUUGUGCCUUGGAUUUCAUCCAGGAAAAUGCCAAUCCUGUGGAAUGUGUUGCACUGCCCUCCCAAUCUGAGGGUGUUGGUUGAUCAGUUGGUUUGAUUUAAGCUGAUGUCUGUGACUGCUGCUCUCUCCUUUCAAGCAAAUGGCAUGUUCUCCUUCUGAAAAAUCAGGCUGUGCAUUGAGGAGCAGGCUGAGCACGUGGCUUCAAGUCCAGGGAUUAUCAGUUAAGAAAACCUCACAUUUCAGUGUUGUUGUUGAAAAAGAGAUUGAUAGAUACGUUAUAAUAUCUGAUUUUCUAAUGAAUUUGCUUUAGCUGUCCUGGAAUUGCAGCUCAGAGAAGAGAUUUUCUGUGGCUGUGGGUACUGCAGAUGCCCUGCUCCAGUGGCAAAAUGUGGGGCCGUGUGUGGAGAACUGGAGCAGCUCAGCUCUCAGAAUGUUUAUUGGGAACAAAGAAAUGAUCUUGCCAAAUCCUGUGAAGAUUCUAGUCCUUAUUUUCAUUCCAGGGUGCUUCCCCAGCUUUCGAGGUGAAAUGUUCACUUGAGAAGCCCGUGGUGUGUUUCUCGCUGGGAUCAUGUUAUUGAUGUGGUGGUUUCCACCCCUUUCCAAGGAACCUUCCACAUUCCAGGAGGCAGCUGAGGCUGUGCUUUGGGGUGUGUAGCUGUGCUGUCUGCUGAGGUGCUGGGAGGCAGCUUGAAAUAAGCGAAUUAUGGGUUUGCAAUUAGCUUUUGGUGAGGAACUGCCUUUGGAAGCAACACUUCAGGGUUUAUUCGAGCUUUUUUGUUUAGUGAUGAAUUUUCAAUGCUGCAUCGAUCAAAUUAAAUAUGUCACAUGUGAGCUGUGCCCUGAAACAACAAAAAAAAUGGUUGGGGAGGAUGGUUUGGGUGCCCACCUGCUGUGCCAGUGCACCAGGGGUUUUCCUCACUGUUAAUUGCAUAUCUGAGCGCAAUAAUUAAUUACUUAAUUGAUUGUCAAUAAAUUUAUUAAAAAUGAAAUAUAAAUACAACA